CUUCAACAUUUCAGUCUUCUUCUUCUUCAACCUCCAAAACAAUGGCGUCUCUACAAGAAUUACUCACUAGAGAAGGAUUUGAGGGCAGUAAUUUCCCCACUACUCGAAAAUCCUUGAGGUCCAAAGGAAGAAGCAGAGCAGCCCCAGAUGAUUCUGUAACUUUGCCCAUAUACAUUUGCCACGACAAGAAAAUCAUCGAUUCUUCAAAGAAAAAGGCUGAAAAACCUCUUAUACGAAAUGGGUCUUCCGUAUAUUCCUCUAAACGAGUCGGUUCGGUCUCCGAGACCUUGCUCUGUAAAUCAAUGGAGGAACCCGCCAUUGAUGAAAUUGCUAUACGAGCUGUGGUUUCGAUUCUUAGUGGGUAUGUGGGGAGGUACUCAAAGGACGAAAGUUUUAGAGAAAUAAUGAGAAAAAAGUGUAAUCCGUGUUUGAUACGAAAAGGGGAAAUGGAGAGUGGGAUUUGCAGUAAUUUGGAGAUGGGUAUGAAAAGUGUUGACAGAUUAGUUGAAGAAGGCCAGGGAAAUGAAAGGGAAUUGAGAAUGAAAGCUUCUAGGAAUUCUAUUGGGCUUCUUAAUAUGGUGAUUACUUCUUUGAAUUCUGCAAAAAAAUCGACCAAAAAUGGUGCUCAGUCUCAUCUUUCUUCAUGUGCUCAGCUCUAUUUAGCGAUUGUUUACAAGAUAGAGAAGAAUGAGAAGGUUUCUGCUAAGCAUCUUCUUCAAGUGUUUUGUGAUUCUCCAUUUUUUGCUCGAACCCAUCUUCUGCCAGAGCUUUGGGAGCAUUUCUUUCUUCCCCAUCUCCUUCAUUUGAAGGUUUGGUACAAUCAGGAGCUUGAAUUUGUGUCCAACUUUGAAUGUGAACAUAAGGACAGGAAAAUCAAGGCCUUGAGUAAGGUCUAUAAUGAGCAUAUGGAUAGGGGAACUGUUCAAUUUGCUUUGUAUUAUAUACAAUGGCUUAAAGAUGGAGCCAGAGCCCCUCCUGUUCCUGUGGUUCCUUCACCUUCAAAAUCCAUCCAUAAGGCUUCCAGAAGAUCAUCGGAUUCGUACUUUUUGCAGUCGUCUUCAAAUAAGAAUCUAUAUCAUGCUGUUUUUGGUCCAAGUCUUGACCAGCAAUUAGCAGAAUUGAGGAGUGGAAAUGUGGUUGCAGCCAAAGCAAGGAGUUCAAAUGAAAAGGAGAUCUUAUAUUCAAACAAGAACUAUGAAAAUAUUGCUUCUGUUCGUGAUGAACACAACAACCGUAGAAUGCCAUCCAUCCUUGAUUACCGAGGUCAUAAUACUGACUCAUGGCGCGAGACCGUAAAAUCUGACUAUUUUCGAUUCUUCACAUGUCAGAAUAUAACAAAAGAAUACUUGGAAAGCAGCAAUGUGAUUACCAAAAACAGCGUUGUUAGAGUGGAAGGAAGAAACCAUCUUCUUUCCAACGAUUUCAGCAAGGCCAUAACUGCAAUCUGCUCCUCGGAUGUCUUGAGUGAAUGUGAGAUAGCCAUUCGUGUAGUAACCAAAGCUUGGUUAGACGCCCAUGAUGACACUACCAUUGAGGUUGCAUUAUCGAAGCCACCAGUUGUCGAGGGAAUGCUGGAGGUUUUAUUAGCUUCCGACGACGAUGAGAUUUUAGAAUUAGUGAUUUCAGUUUUAGCCGAACUUGCUGCAAGGAGUGAGGUUAUUCGACAGAUUAUAUUGAACUCUGAUCCACAGCUUCAAGUGUUUCUUAAACUCUUGAAAAGUAGCAGUCUAUUCCUCAAAGCAUCAAUUUUACUUUAUCUAUCAAAGCCACAGGCAAAACAGAUGAUUUCGGUCGAAUGGUUACCACUAGUCCUUAGAGUACUGGAGUUUGGAGGCCAGUUACAGACAUUAUUCUCGAUACGGUGCAAGCCACAUGAAGCAGCAUUUUACCUUCUAGACCAACUCCUGAAAGGGUUUGAUGAAGACAGAAACUUAGAGAAUUGUAGACACUUGAUUUCGCUUGGGGGAUUAAGUUUGUUGCUGAGAAGGUUAGAGAGAGGUGAGAUUGAAGAAAGGAAGAAUUCUGUUUCAAUUAUUUCGUGUUGUAUCCAAGCUGAUGGAAGCUGUCGAAACUACUUGGCCGAGAAUCUGAACAAGGCUUCACUUCUUGAACUUAUUGUUCAUGAAAGCAACAAAAACUCUGAUAGGUGUGGUUUGGCUUUACUUGUGGACCUACUCUGCCUUAGUAGAAGAACAAGGAUCACUAAUCUCUUGGAUGGACUUAAAGAAGGAUGGAGUGGCUUGGGCAUCAUGAACAUUUUGUCAGUUUAUCUUCAGCGAGCUCUUCCUGAGGAGCAGCCUUUAGUUGCAACAAUACUAUUGCAGCUUGAUUUCAUGGAAGACUCCCUCAACUGCAGCAUAUUCAGAGAAGAGGCCAUCGUGACAAUUAUAACUGCCUUGAACUCUCGAAUAUGUCGAGAAAAGGGACAGGACAAUUUGGCUAGAGCUCUCUUGAUUUUGGGAGGUCGUUUUUCAUGUACCGGAGAACCAAGCACAGAAAAUUGGCUUCUAAAACUAGCAGGUUUCAAAGAGAACUCUGGGGAUUCAUCUCACAGCCAGCCUCUGUACGAUGAUGUCGUGCAAUUGUAUGAAGAGGAAGAAGAUGUGGUGAAUUGGCAGUUGAAAGCAGCUACUGUAUUGUUUAACCAUGGACAUAAGAGUUUAUUGUCUGCCCUUUCGACAUUGAUGACGAGUUGUAUAUUAAGUCUAGCGAAAGCAAGUCUUAUCACAGUUUCAUGGAUGAGCAGAUACCUGUUUGUUAUUAAAGAUGAGAAGUUAUGUUUGAUGGCACCCUCGAUUCUAGUACCGCCCUUGAUAAAAUACUUGAAUCACGACAAAGAUGUUGAGGACCAAGUGCUCGCAUCAUAUUCAUUGCUUAAUCUCAGCAAGUAUACAGAAUGCAAGCAUAUCUUCCGAUUGUUCGAUGAAGACACUUUAGACUAUCUUCAAAAUCUUUCUCUAGUAACAUGGACAGCAGAAGAACUGACCUUGAUCCUUAAAAGCCGAUCGAUGCAUCCAUAUACCGAACACGAGAAUUCACACAUUCAAAGAAGCACAAGAAAAUGAUUCAGGUUUCUCUUCUUUCCUGGUUGUAGCCAUUUCCUGCUCAUCAAGAUGAUCAUAUAUAUAUAUAUAUAUAUUCGUUUUUUAUUUGAUUGAUUAUUCCAUUUCGAGCUUUUACGUGUAAUUUCUAGUUACAUUUACGACCCCCUAUCCUUUUGUAAAUAGGAAAGUUAUGACAAAAGCCCCAUUGUUGAUGUUAAAAAGAGAAACAUAUUGAAAUGUUUUUUGA